UCAUGAAUUGAGUAUUCAAGAAACUAGGUUUUGAGAGAUGGGCUUACUUUUUUUUAUAAUAUAAAUUUUUAGUUGCAGAGAGGUGUGUGGAUCUUGCAGGAAUAAUAACACAACCUUUCCAUCUGAAAUAAAGCAAACAUUUAUACAGAGGAAAUUCAAAGGCGCCAACCCAGUUGUUUACUCCCAAGUGAAUACUCUUUUAUGCUUAUCAAUAUCAUGAUUUCAACUCUCCAUAAGCAUCUUCACACACAAUCGGAGAGAGAUAGAGAUAAAGUUCACAUAAGAUGGCCAAAAACCAAGCUUCAUGUAUUCAUGUGGAAGAAGAUUAUAUUGAUAUAGAGGUGAGCUCUUCCUCAAAUUUCAUGUGUUAUUCCAUCAGUUCUCCACCACACGGCAGGGAGUUUGAGUUCCAAAUGUGUUCUGUUUCUCAUGAAAGAGAGUCCACAACUUCUCCAGCUGAUGAACUUUUUUAUAAGGGUAAACUCCUUCCUCUCCACCUUCCUCCUCGUUUACUAAUGGUUCAAAAACUUACCACCACUGAGAAAAAAACUCAAGAUUCAUUAGAAGAAAAUUGUGUCAUUCCCUUUGUUACUAGCUCUGAUACUAGCACAACUAAUAUAAGUACCCCAUUAGAAUCUUGCAAUGUCUCUCCCUCAGAGUCUUGCAGAGUUAGUAGUGAAAUAAACCCAGAUGAAUAUAUCUUCGAAUGGACAACUGAAAUGAGCGGUUUCAUCGAUGGCGAUCAGUCGAAGAAGUUUUGGACCAGAAAGCUCAAGCUAAUCAACAAAUCUUCACUGGGUCAAAAGCUCAAAGCGUCACGGGCAUAUAUUAUGUCUUUGUUCAGUAAGUCUGACAGUUCGGAUGAGUUCUGUGCCAAAGCAGCUUGUGAUGUUGAGCCAGAAAAUAAUUCAAAAGGCAACACUUGUUUAAGCAAGUCCCCGUUUGGAAAAAUUGGUAAUGAUAGAUACAAGAUAUCUACUACUUUGUCAAAAUGCAUAAAAAAGAAGAUGGUUGAGGAUGGUGCUAACAUCCACAGAAGGUCAUUCUCAGGAGCAAUUCAAAGGCACACAACGAAGUGUUUAUCUUCAUCAACAUCAACAUCUACAUCCUCUUCUGGUUCAUCAUCUUUUUCAUUUAGCUCAAUCAGGUCUUAUGAUUUGCAGUUGCUAAAGAGGAGUAGCAGUGCAAAUUCGGAGAUCGAAAAUUCAAUUGAGGGAGCAAUUGCUCACUGUAAACAGUCUCAGCAGCCGUUUACUUGAAGAAAAAGGGCAAGUGAAGCAGGGGUUUGUUCUCUAUCUGCUUCAAGGAUUUCACUCUGUGGAGACCAAGAAAGGCCUGAAGUUUGCAGCAUAUGAAUAUGGUAACAACAAAAAGUGAAAAGCCACCAUGAACUAGUGAGAAGGAAAAGUAAAUUGGUUCAGAAGAUGCACCAGAAACUUUCAAAGUGGUUGAAGAUACUGUAAUAUUAUGAGGAAAAACCAUUGAAGUCUUUUAUCUGUUAAAGAAAAAGAUUAAAGAAAUCCCACAUGUUUAGAUAUAAGGUUUUUAUUGUCUAUAUAAAUAGUCUAAAUUCCACUUUA